GCCAGCGUCAACCAUAAUCACAUCUUACCUUCUGCUUACAUCUAAUUAUUCAUUCGUUGUAUACAAUGGAUCCACUAGCAGGAAUGGACGACUCGACAACUGACGACGAAGGCGCGUCUCAGACGACCGAGGACGACCCGCAGGUCCCGGAGAACGCCCAACAGAACCGCCAGGCAUCGUCCGCCCCGGCUCCUGCAGUUGCAUCAACCCCAGCCGCAGUAAACGGUGUGCAGAGUGGGAGCGCAAAUGGGUCAGGAGGCGGAGGUGGAUCUCACGUGCAGCCUCCUCCGGUACCGGGGAGCGCGCGCAACAGGCCGAACUACGAGCUACGGCACACGCUCAGAGGGCAUACGCAGAGCACUUCAGCGGUCAAGUUCAGCCCGGAUGGUGCACUUCUGGCGUCGUGUGCGGCAGACAACGUCGUGAAGAUCUGGUCGCCGCUCACGGGGGAGCUGAUACGAAACCUGGCGGGGCACACGAAGGGCCUGUCGGACGUGGCGUGGUCGACGGACGGGGUGUAUCUUGCUUCGGCGUCGGACGAUACGACUGUUCGAAUAUGGAAUGUUGACACGGGUUUGACGACGAAGCAUCUCCGUGGGCACUCGAGCUUUGUGUUUUGUGUGAACUAUAACACUGCAUCGAAUCUGCUGGUGUCGGGUGGAUGCGAGGGUGAUGUGAAGAUAUGGAAUGUCGCGAAAGGCAAGUGCAUGAAGACGCUUCAUGCCCACCUUGACUAUGUCACCGCCGUCCACUUCAAUCGUGACGCAACACUCAUCGUCUCAUGUUCGCUCGAUGGGCUCAUCCGGAUAUGGAACACUUCUUCUGGCCAGUGCCUCAAAACGCUCGCCGAAGGCCACGAUGCCGUGUGCCAGCACGUCCAGUUCUCGCCCAACUCCAAGUACAUCCUCUCCACCGCGCACGACAGCGCCAUAAGACUAUGGGACUACCACACCUCGCGCUGCCUCAAGACGUACGUCGGACACCGCAACGAGCGGUUCUGCAUUGCCGCGUGCUUCAGUGUUACGGGCGGCAAGUACAUUGUGUCCGGUUCCGAGGACGAUAGGGUGUAUAUAUGGGAUUUGCAGAGCCGCGAGGUUGUGCAGGUGCUUGAGGGACACGGUGGGGUCGUCGUUGCUGUUGCGACUCACCCGCAGCAAAACAUGAUUGCCUCUGGGUCGAUUGAGCCUGACCUUGCCAUCCGCAUAUGGGUCGACCGCGGGCCUGCUGCCUGAAUAACGUCCAUCUGUUAGAAGAUCAUCAUCAGCCGUAUGAAGGCUACCUCAAAAUACGCUGCCGGGCGAUGCAUUUCCUGCAUUUGUCCGUAGCUCGCUCUAGGGCUCGAUAUUCCGUCGAGCUUCUUGGUCGCCGUCGACCCUCGAGUCUUGGGGUCAAGAUACUCCACGAGGUCAUCAACAACUGCAGUACCACUCCUGCAAGGACCGCCGUGACGUUGAUUUAUUGCGUAUAAUAUUCCCUCAAGCAAUUAACCCUCUCUGUCAUGAACUCUUGGUGAUGUAUCCCUCCAUGCAUAUGCGUCAUGCGUCAUGUAUCAACCAU